AUGGCUGAAACGCAGGCCCAGGCCGAACAAGCGCUGAAGCCAGUGGAGCCCGCGCUCAAUCUCAUCCCCGUAGGUCUCAAGGAAGCCGCGCUCGACUCGCCCACAUUCCGCGCCACUUCACUGCACUUUUCCGACAACAUCGAUGCCGUCGAGCGGUGGCUGGAGGGAUAUGUCAAGGCGGYGGCGCGUCUGGUGGCCGACGUGGCAGCCCUCGAGGCAACUGUCAACGCCUUCCUGAGCCAGUCCACGCCGCCAGCCCAGAUCAGCGAGGCCGUGCUGGACCACGACUACACCUUGCUUGCCAUGCGAAGAUAUGGUGAGGGCACACGAGAUUUUUGGCAGAGCACGUUGCGGGGGGCGAAGCGCUAUGACAGUGCCGUUGUCGACCCCAUCAAGAGCUUUCUGAACAAUGACCUACGUGCCUUCAAGGAUGCUCGCCGCGCAUUGGACGGCGCGCAGAAGAGCUUCGAUGCUACCAUUUCCCGCUAUCUAGCCCAGAGCAAGACCAAGGAGUCGUCCUCGCUUCGAGAGGAUGCAUUUCAACUGCACGGCGCCCGCAAGGCAUACCUGAAAUGCAGCAUGGAUUUCGCGGUUCAAGCUCCCCAAUUGCGUGCGUCCUUGGAUCGCCUUCUCGUCAGAAUCUUCUCCGAGCAGUGGAAAGAGAUGCGUGCCUCGCGUGAGGCCAGUGCGGCGACCUUCACCAAGUGGAGUGGCGAGAUGGAACGCGUGAGAGGCUGGAGCAGGGAGAUGGAGAACUCGGAGCGCGCCUUCAAGAGAGAGCUGCUGGCAGCGAGGCGUCAAAUUGAGGACACUGCAGAGAACAUGUUCAGGCCGUCGCGAGAGCUCGAGGACUACGCUGCAUCCACCGUGCCUUAUCUGGGCACUGGYGCGACUUCAGCCGUGGGUACCGGUAAAGCUACGCAGGAAAGAUCCGAAAAGCAAGGAUGGCUGCUUCUCCGCACAGUCACCGGCAAGCCUGCCCGAACGGUAUGGUCCCGCCGCUGGUUCUUCGUCAAGCAUGGAAUUUUCGGCUGGCUUGUUCAAGGCAUGAGAUCAGGAGGUGUGGAAGAGAGUGAGCGGACGGGUGUUCUGCUGUGCAGCGUUCGACCCGCAUUCCAAGAGGAGCGUCGGUUCUGCUUGGAAGUAAAGACAAAGGACAACAGCAUCAUCUUAYAGGCGGAGACACAACAAGAACUGACCGAAUGGAUCUCAGCCUUUGAGAUGGCCAAGCGAAAGGCUUUGGAGAACCCAGCAAGCAUAGAGACUUCCAACGGCGUGCCUGGAAUCGACCCAGCCUUCGCCAUCAGCCAGCCUUACGCACCAGAAUUCGCUGCAAAGCUGGGCGAUGGUCAUCUACCGCAAGGGAGCGAGGAGGCAGGACUGGCACUGCCCGAGCGAGAGGGUGCAGGGUUAUCAAGCCGAGCGAGCGUCGACAUCAACCCAGCCCGUCGAGUGCUCAGUCUAGAGAAGGAUAGUGAAGGUGUCCGAGAAACCAUCCGUGAGGGAACCCGCGAUCAUGCCGCGCGCAUUAUUCAAAAGCUGGACCUUCACAAACGGUCCACUGCUUCGCCACAGCUAAGCCAAGCACCUACUCCUGGAGGUAUAGCAUCGCUGAUUUCAGCGAGCCACAACAUAUUGCCUGUCGGGCCGGGCUCUCCUCCUCAGCCUGUCAUAUCCGAGAGCAUGAAACGCAAUUUUACACUGCCCGCCGGCGUAGUUCCCACUAGCAUACCAACUACUACGCUUGCUCCCUCGACGCUGGUCAACCCCCCUGCGGCCACCAAUUUGAGCCACACUGCUGUAGUUGUUGGUGGUGAACGAGGCGGCGGUCUGGGACGUGCAGACGGAUCGGGUAUGCCUUCAGGUAUUCUAGCCAAUUUAUGGGGCAGCAGCAAUUGGGGCUAUGUCAAUCGCUUGGGUGAUGACCUUAAGCCAAGAAAGCCCAUCUCACAGCCUAGCAGUCCCUUAUUACCAGCAACGGCUAUCUCGCAGGACGACUCUAUCGUCAUGGAACAUACAACGGACCCAUUAAAACAGUCUACACCUCUCUCUGAAGCGACCGAUGCUCCUCCUGGUCACCGUAAGACUCUCAGUGUUGGACAUGGAGCUAUCUCGGCCAAAUAUCCUGCGGAAGAUGGUGCGGAUGAAUAUCCAAGCUACUAUCCUUUACCUCUUAAAGCACAGAAUGCCCAGUUUCACAUGCUCUUUCCUGCCGUCCCGAGGAGCGAGAAAGUGGUGCUUGUGUUCCGGGCGACCUGGAAUCCAAACGAACAGCAAGWGUUUCCUGGACGAGUAUAUGUCACAGAGCGGGAGAUUUACUUCUUCUCCAACCACCUUGGUCUUGUACUGAUCACGGGUGUGAGCUUGAGUUCAAUAAGCGAGGUGACGGCGGCGCCUGGCCGUGAUUGUGACUUCCUCUACUUGCAUGUCGCGGAAGACAAAGCACUUGUGGAUGACGUUCGAAGGACUACUAUCAAGGUCUUCUUGGAGCCUCUGAGACUGUUGCAGCGGCGACUCAAUCUCCUGAUCCGUAAUGCAGAGGCCGAAAGCMCUGCGCCGCUUGAAGACCUAAUCAACACACUGAUCAAGAUGGAGGUCGAGGAACCUCACCGAAGUUCGAGUGUCGACAGUUGGGAGGAAGUGACACGUGAUCAUGAUCAGCCCGGGCACGGUGACCCAAGCACUCCACAACGAAGACGAGAACGCAACAUCAAAGCCAGCCUUCGCAUCGACGGUAACCUUUACGGUGAGACUGCGCGUACGGGUAGAGAGAUUCAACGAUUCAAACUGCCCGCUCAGCCAGUACGUUAUGCCCCACAAGGCAUGCGAGCGAAUAUCGCUCGUGACUUCAGUGUCAGCGCAAAAGCCCUCUUCCAUGUCAUGUUUGGAGAUAAGAGUGCAGUCUUCCAGCUGCUCUAUUGCAACCGAUGGUCCACCGUCAUCGUCCAAACUCCAUGGACAAAGUCUGCACCCGGAGGGCAGUGGAUGAGAACCUUUUCUAACCAAGCCCAAUCUACCGAAGUAACUCCACCCGCAGCCGAUGUCCAGACUGUUGACAUCUUCAAUGAUCAUCUCUGCUAUGUCGUCACGAAUGUGAAACAACCUUACCGGCUGCCAUACGCCUCGCAGUUCAUCCUCACCACGAAGAUGGUGAUUACUCACACGGCUAAGUCCCGAUGCAAGUUGGCCAUAUUCCAGAGCAUAGUCUGGCGCAGAGWACCUAGGCUGGGCUACUUCAAGCGGCUCAUCGAACGCCAGGCUUAUAACUCGCUAGAAGCCGAUGCAUUGGACCUUUCCACGGUUGCACAGGAUCAGGUAGCGAAGCUUGGGAGUCACAGCAAGACCAACAAGGCUGUGGAUAUCUUCGGAGGAAUCGGAACGCAGACCGUACCACAGGCCACGCAGAUUGAUGGUAGUCAAAUACCUCAUCUGGGCAAGUCGCUCGCAGCCGUCAAGGCAGGUCAAGCUGCCCCGCCAUCCCUCAGUGGACUCGUAAUCAAUGAUCUGCUAGCGCAAGCUUUGGGGGCUGUGAGCAUGGUCUUUGAUGUAUUGAUCGCAUUGGGUAAAGGUGUGGUGGCCUUGUGGAGUGCGCACAUGUUUCUCGUUGUGAUCCUGGCAAUCUCCGGGUUGUGGAAUGGUUGGCACUCUUGGAGAGACGGCAUGGCAUGGUGGCACGAGCGCGGAACUGCCAGAUUCAUGAACAGGAUCGGCGUGGGUCCAGAUAUGCAAUUGGCGAAGACUGUCUGGCUGCGGGAUAUUGAAGAACUUAUCAAGUCUCCGCACGACGUCAAUUCUUCGACGAGUGUGCCCACGGAGGUGAAAAAAAGCUGUCGGACCAUGUUUGGGGAGCAACUGGCGCUCACGAGCUCUUUAACCAUCGGCGAGGAUCCUCCUGGCAUGAAAAGACUGAGGCUUGCGCGGGAGACCAUGGCGAGGAGGAGACAUGAUUUGAUGGUCGCUCUGAGGGUCGUGAAUCGGGUUGAGAGGGAUGUGAUUAUGGCCGAGUGGGAGGAGUGGGUCAAGGGAGAGGAGCGAAAGUGCAGGCGCAUCGAAGGUAUGCUGAGGUCGAAAGACCAGAAGGAAGGAUCAUCGAAGUCCGAAGACGAAUUGGAUCAGGAGCUCGGUGAAAGUUUCAGAGACUACUGUGCAAGCUGUCGAACAGAGAUGGCUCAAAUUGGUAGUGAGGAUGGUCAGGGCUGGUUAUUGGGCUAG